AUUAAUGAUUAUUGGUAGGUACAUUAUAACGACCGCGAUUGAGGCUUAUCUGCCCGAUGAUAAUUGUACGUAUUUAUUUUAGUUUUAAGUAUUAUACAACUUGUUUUCAACGUUCAGUUUAUUAUAAACCACGCCGGACGCUUAUCUGAAUGCCAUUUCCCACGUACUAACUACUAGCAAGUAGUCGCCGUUGAACCGCUGCCAAAAGUAACCAUUCGUAAAACUCGCGUCUGUUUACAAGGGCCAACGCCGAACAAAACAAAACUCGGGAAAGUUUCCAAAACUUUUUUUCUUCAAUUUCUUCUCGUCGCUGGUUUGCUGCCAAUUAAUUCCUCGUCCCGACAACUAUGGGUGGCAAACACUCUAAAAUGGAUCCCAUGGACGUCGAAGUGCCCGAACUCCAAAAACAGCUGGAUCGCGAUUCCUAUUUAAAACCCUACGAAAGGGAAUUCAAACGCAGGUAUGCGUGCUUUUUGGAUUAUUUGGAAAGAGUAAAAGAUGAGUCAAAUUUAGAAUCGUUUACAACGGCUUAUAAAACGUUUGGUCUUCAUUUUAAUAAUGAUGGGUCUGUGUAUUGCUUGGAAUGGGCUCCUGGAGCUAAACAACUCUAUCUCACUGGUGAUUUCAAUGGUUGGAAUAGAGAAAAUUAUCCCUACAAAAAACUGGAAUAUGGAAAAUGGGAAUUAACUAUACCACCAAACAGUGAUGGAACACCAGUUAUUAAACACUUAUCAGAAAUAAAGAUUGUAGUUGAAUCUCAUCAUGGUGAAAAAAUGGAUCGUUUAUCACCUUGGGCAACUUAUGUAGUUCAACCACCCCGUGAAGAAGGAGUGACAUUCAAACAAAAAGUUUGGAAUCCAUCAGAUCAUGUAUAUCAAUUUAAAUAUCCUAAAGUACCAAAACCAUCUAGUUUACGAAUAUAUGAAUGUCAUGUUGGGAUUGCCACAUCAGAAUACAAAGUUGGAACUUACCAAGAAUUUAAAGAUAAUAUGUUAGAUCGUAUUCUGGAAUUAGGAUAUAAUACAAUUCAAAUAAUGGCCAUUAUGGAACAUGCCUACUAUGCUUCUUUUGGAUAUCAAGUGACAAGUUUUUAUGCAGCUUCAAG